AUGCAUACUUAUAUAUUUAUAUUUAUUCUCUUGUUAUCGAAUGGUUUAUUAUAUGGAUAUAACAUAGAUCAUGGAUUAAAAUAUAAACGUGAUAUUAAUACAAUUCUAUCACGAAUUGCUUCAAUUGAAGAAAAUGAUGAUAUAGAGACUUCUAUCAAUUAUGCGAAUCAACAACAAAAUGAAGAUGAAGAUGAAGAUGAAACAAAUCAUCCAUCUGGAUAUCAUAUCAUUUCAAAUAAAUAA